AGUGGUACCUCCUCUCAUUGAUGCUCACAACUUGAAUAUCAAGCCAAUAGCUAAAGAUGAUGAACAGAUCCCUCCUCCCCACUCUCUUACUCCUCCUCCUUAUCUUCUCUGCUUCGGAUGAGCUGAUGGGUCGCACUGCUGAGGCUCGAGUGUGCAAGUCCCAGAGCCACCACUUCCAUGGCACCUGCUUGAGCAACCACAACUGCGCUGUUGUCUGCCGUACCGAAGGCUUCUCCGGUGGUGACUGUGUCGGCUUCCGUCGUCGCUGCUUCUGUACUCGCCAUUGUUAAUUCUUAUACUGUUUUUAAUUUGUGUCUUGUUCGAGUUGUACGAGCUAAUCUACUGUUGCUCUAUCUUUCUCGUUUUGAGUUUCGUUUCAUGAAUAAACUUGUUUACUUUGCUUGUGGAUCUAA